GUAAGGAUUCAUGUUUGUUCGUCUGCAGACCAUGUUGUGGUUACAUAGUCGCGAUCCAGGGAAAGUUACCAUCGGCAAGAGGAUGAUAUAUUGACAGUUCCCAGUUGUGGUAAACGCAGUAAAAGCAUCUUGGUCAAGUUUCUAAGUACACUAAAUUUUCAUUGCGAUACACGAUGUCAAAGUCUGAUAGUGACGAUGACGAGUUCGAGAGCGCAGACGAAGGUGACGAAUCGACAGAUGAGAGUUGUACUGAAGAGGAGUGUACUACAAAGGGAACCAUUUCUGCUGUGCAAACAGGGUUGAGUAAUGAAAAGGAAGAAAUACUGAAAGUAACAGACGAAGAUAAGCCAGUUGCAGCUCCUGAACUUACAGGAAUUAUAGACCCUCCAAAUAAUUCUGACAUUCCUGUCUGUUUCUCAGAGGAGUUUCCACAUCAUAAAGAACUGCAGGAUGUUAAGGCUACUUCUGUUGAAGACCAAAUAGUUCACACACAUGAAAUUCCACAGUCUGGCGAUAUUUUGAAUAAGAUUUCUCCUGGGGAUGCACUGGCUAACCAAGAAGACCAAAAAAAUGAAACUACUGAGUUACAAGAUAAUGUUCCCACAAACUUUGACACAGACUUGCUACCAAAAACGGUCGACAAAACCAUUCCCUCUAUUGAGCAAAUCUGUGAGGAUGCCCAAGUGCCAUCUGAAAUAGCAAAAAAAAUUUCAACAAGGAAUAUCUCUAAUCGUGGGAAAGUAAGAUCCAAGCCAACCCUAGGAGCAAAGAAACUAGGAGCAGUGAAAUUAUCCCAACCACCUGAAUCUCCUAAUCUUGCCUUAUCAGAGACUGAUUCCAAAGCAAUUUACAAAGAAGUAGUCACAUCUUCUGCUCAGCAGACUAGCACAUCUUCCAAUCCAAAUCCAAGUGAUGAUGGAUGGGGUUGGUUUGCUCCACCCAAGUCAUUGAUGUCAUCUGUGGCCUCGCUAACUAAUCAAAUACUUUCUACAGUGGAGAAUGGUUUGAACAUUCCGGAACCCGAAGAUUUAGCCAAAGAAGAUCUGCUAUUUGCUGAUAAAAAAUGCACUGAGGUCGAAGAUCAGAUUCCUAAGCAACCAGCUCAAGAAGAAAAACCUGCAGGCUUUACCCAGCUCUCUCUGUUUGGAGGAGUCAGCAACAUUACCAAAUUCGUUGAAAGUACUGGAAGUAGCUUAUUCUCCACCGGAUUGGAUACCCUUGAGCUCCUAGGAAAGAAAACCAUCAACGUCUUGCAACAAUCUGACCCUGGAUUGAAAAGAACCAAAGCUGUGCUGGUAAACCCACUUCAAGGUUCACACGAUCGACCUUGUCUAUCGCAGAUUUUACGCGAAGCUAAAGAAAUCAGCGAAGUGGCACAUACUGAUUCAUCGUCGGCAAAGGGUUCAGCAGAAUCAGUAAUUCCGAAAUUUACGGCUUUAUUUGAACUCCAUAAUGGAAUUGUUCAUUUGGAAGCUCUAGAGAUGCUUUCCCAACAAUGUCAAAACCGCGUUGCACCUCAGAUCCGUCGAUUGCCUUCACAGAGGAAAGCCAUCGUAGAUGAGAUAGCUGUGCUUUGUUCUCAAACGGAUGACACUGAAGAUAACGACAAUUCCAACUCAGAUGUGCUUGAUUUGCAAGCCCUCGAGCAAAAUCUUUCAAGUUGUUUUGAUCGGAUAAGUCUCGAGUUGUCGUUGAAAAAAUUAAUGAACGCCUUUAGGGAUGGAAUGUCAGACUCGGUGGAAGUUAGCUCAUCACUAGAGGUCUACCGACGUGCCUUAGACUCGUUAGCCUUGGUUACGUCGCUUGCAGUAGAACUCUUUCACAAAGGCGCCGAACUCACUCUGAUGGCAAGCAAACCAUCCAAUCCGGCAAUAGGUGCACGAUUGGAAGCUGAAACAUUUCAGAGUGUGACAAACGUUUUGGCGGCAGAAAUUUCGAAGUUGGGCAGCCAUCAUGCUAAUAAAAUUAUUUGGGUCAAAGACGCCGAUCAUACGAAUUAUUCGACUGACAUUUACUACGAAGCUUCUAAUUGUCGCGCCUACCUAGAGAAUGCCUUGAAGCUAAUGAUACCGAUUUUGCAAUCACGCGUUUUCUAAACUUUAUUUACUUUACAAUGCUGUGACUCGUGGGUUUCCUAAAGCUGCUUCUAUGUUCAGAACCACAUCUAAAUUCCGGUUUUUGCUGUCAUUUUUCCGUCUACAAAUGGCAUGCCUUGUUUCGUUGGUUGGAUACUAAAUACAAUGGUCUAAAAAGGA